GAUCGACGCUGAUCGACGCUGAUCGACCCGAUCGAUACCAAAGGGCAUCCGGCCCCGGCAAUGUCGAAAGAUACCUCGGCCCAUACGUCCAGCACAAUGCCCUCGCCGCCGACAAUCAAAGGCGAUCGGUCCGAAGAACGUGCCAGCGACAGCAGCAGCGACGACGGCGACGACGGCGAUGAUGUGGUCCUGUCCGAUAUCCACAUCAAGCCCUGGGCAGUCGGAAUCCGAUCCAGCGACCCACAGACCACCGUCUUCCAAGGCCGAACCUGCGAGAGCGCCGGUGCUGUCUCUGUAUCGAUCCAGCAUUGUCUCGCCACGGCCCUGGAUCGGGUCGGCCUCCAGGUGUGGGUCGGCGCCCUGGUUCUGGCAGACUAUAUCCUGGCCAACGCCUCCCUAUUCCACAACCAGACGGUGCUGGAACUCGGGGCAGGGACAGGCCUCGUCUCGAUCGUUUCCGCCGUCGUUGGAGCCAAAGAAGUGUUCUCAACCGACCUAGGCGAGCAUGGCAUUCUCGAUCUGAUUGCUCUGAAUGCCGAGGCCAACAGCGUCGGCGACGGGGUCUCGGUUCGUGAGCUGGAUUUUACCAACGACGAUGCGCUUCUCUGGUACCCUCGCAAGUCGCCGCUCGUCUCAGCAUCCGAAGAUGAGACGGGAACAUCCCGAGCCUCAGAAAGUUGUCGGCGCUAUGCGUGGACACACUCGGACGCCGACCGGUUCCGGCAAGAAUGCUCGAUUGUCCUAGCAGCCGAUAUCAUCUACGACGAUCAUGUCACCUUUGCGUUCGUCACCCGCAUCCACGCUCUGUUGGCAGCUCCACCCAAAGGCUGCGAGCGGGUGCUGUUCUUGGCGCUGGAAAGACGCAUCAACUUUACGGUUGAGAUUGUUGCGCCGGCGUACGACUUUUUGUUUGAGACCCUGGAGGCAUGGAACGCCGCCAUGGAGGACGAGCUGGGGUGUACCAUUGUCUGGACCCAGAUCGACUUGGCCCUGGUGCCGCAGGCAUUCGAAUAUUCCCGCACGCCGUAUCUGGAGCUGUGGUGCAUGAGACUCGAGUCCAGUCGCUGAUGCAGCGUCCUAAAACAAAACGGAACACUGUUCUGUGCCAUCGUUGUCAUUGUCUGGGUCCUGAAUACACACCAUCCGUCGCCACCA